AGUAAAACCGGUACCGUCCUCCAUGUGCGUCCAAAAUGCAAACAAAGAACUUAAAUUUAUACAAAAGUGAAAUUAUUGCAUAUUUUAGUGUUUAUAUUAUUUAUAUUGUUUAUGAACUAUGGAUGUUAAUAGAAGCUCGUCACAAAAUUUGGAAAAUAUCAGUUUAUGAUUUCCCCAAAGGAUGGCCUAUAUUGAAUUCUCUUAAAGAUGAUACAAACGAUGAGUUAUACGCUUUCACCGAGUACAUGAAAAUAUACUGGCCUUGGUAUAUUUUUCAUUUGGCAGCAACAACUGUGAUACGAAAAUUUAACUACAAAUGGCAAAGCUUAACAAAUGCAAUAGUUUGUCUAAUUAUACUACUAAUGACAAUGAAACUGAUAUCGAUUGCCCUUAUUGGAUGCUUGAUCAUAUCCUAUUACUUUGUAGCCCGUAGAACCUCAAAAAGGUUAACGUGGCUGUUAUCUGUGUUAUGGAUGAUUUCAAUGAUAUUUCUUAAAACGAAUCGUUAUUUACAAGAGGAUCUUGGUUACACUGAGUUUCAUAAUGUGAUGGUUACGUUAUGUUGGUCCAUAUUACGAGGCUGUAGCUACAGUUUGCAAUAUGAAAAGGCCUAUCGCAUAAAUGAAACAAAUCUUAGAAGUAAAUACGCUUUGUCACACUUUUUAGGAUACACAUUAUAUUUUCCUUGUUUAAUGUUGGGACCUUUUAUGGGUUAUAAUCGUUAUAUUAUAUUAGAGCAUGAAAAUAAUCAUUCAGGGAAACAAAAAUUUAAAAUAUUUCUUUGGCAAAUUGCCAGAGUAAUAUUCUGGUGGAUUAUUCUAGAGAUAGCCACUCAUUUUGUAUAUGUUCAUUAUAUGGCUGUGGAUAUAACAGCCGUGGAAAUUCUCGAUACAAAAUUUGGCCUUUAUGCCGUGGGAUAUUUUAUGGGCCAAUUUUUCUUCAUGUUCUAUGUCAUUUCCUACGGCCUGGGCAUAGCUUUUUCCCAAUACGAUGGACUGCAGCCUCCCCGAAAGCCUCGCUGUAUUGGUCUGGUUCAUUACUAUUCUGAUAUGUGGAAAUAUUUUGACGAAGGUCUAUAUGAAUUCCUCUUCACCCACAUAUAUGCUGAAAUGUGCAGCAAAACUUCUUCGGCUUUAAGAAAAAUUUUAGCUACAGGUGCUACAUUUUCAUUUGUUUUUCUAUGGCACGGAUAUUAUGGAUAUGUAUUCUUAUGGAGUAUAUUAAAUUUUUGUUGUUUGGUGGGAGAAAAAAUUGUAAAAGGCCUAAUUAGAUCUCCCAUUUACAGGAGUUUUAUGAAAAAUAACUUAAAGCUUAGUGAUGCAGGUCUUCAGCGCUUUAAUGCCCUAUUGGGUUCACAAAUCUUUAUACCCGCUGCAUUUUCAAAUUGUUAUUUUAUAAGCGGGUUGGAUGUUGGUAAUUAUUUGAUGAAGGGUGUUUAUCAAGGUGGUUGGUGGAAUUAUUUAACUUUAACAUUUUGUACUUACUGUUUCUUUCAAUGCUGUGAAAUAUUACUGCAAACAAAUUAUGUAAAUUAAAACUAAGUUCACUAAAACACUGUAUUUUUGUAAAUAAAGUUCAAAACUGAAAUAAUCUUAAA